GUAAACAUGGCCGAUGAAGAAAGCAUGACACCUUCCUCAGUCAAAUUUAUUCUUUUCCAUCGCAUUGACAGUAUCUGAUAAUUGCCAAUAGCUUACUAUUUAGCUUCUAUAUUUAAAAUGACAAGUGAUUUUGAACUGACGCCUUUGAUUGACGAUGAUGAUGAGCUGUCAGACUGGAAUCUUCUGGUUGCCUUUAACGAACUUCGUCACUGGGAAAAGAUUGAAGGUUCAAAGAAAGUAACCCAGACUUGGAGAAUGAAAGAAAGGAUGAAGACUGUCAGUGUUGCAUUAGUUCUUUGUUUGAAUGUGGGUGUAGAUCCACCAGAUAUAGUCAAAACUUCACCAUGUGCCAGACUGGAAUGUUGGAUAGAUCCAGUAACAGCAGGACCACAGAAAACUCUGGAGGCUAUUGGGUUAAAUUUACAGAAGCAAUAUGAAAGAUGGCAGCCAAGAGCUCGUUAUAAACAAAGUCUUGAUCCAACAGUAGAUGAAGUCAAGAAGUUGUGUUCAUCGCUGAGAAGAAAUGCUAAAGAAGAAAGAGUUUUGUUUCAUUAUAAUGGACAUGGUGUGCCAAAGCCAACAGUAAAUGGAGAAAUCUGGGUAUUUAAUAAGAGUUACACCCAGUAUAUUCCAUUAUCUAUAUAUGACUUACAGACUUGGAUGGGAAGUCCAUCCAUAUAUGUAUACGACUGUUCUAAAGCUGGCAUUAUCGUAGAGUCAUUCCAUCAGUUUUCUGUACAGCGAGAAAAUGAGAUGGAGUCUGCUGCUCUGAAUGGAAACAGCCGAUAUUCUGGAAGUGGAUCUCCUAUCUCAUCAGUGAAGAACUGUAUACAGUUAGCAGCAUGUGGUGCCAAAGAAUUACUGCCUAUGAAUCCUGAACUUCCUGCUGACCUGUUUACUUCCUGUCUUACUACGCCAAUCAAAAUAGCACUAAAAUGGUAUGUCUUACAGAAUACCAGUAAACUGGUUCCAGGUCUAACAGAGGAAUCAGUUGACAAAGUACCAGGACAAUUGAAUGAUAGGAGAACAAUGUUGGGAGAACUGAAUUGGAUAUUUACUGCCAUAACUGAUACAAUAGCAUGGAAUAUUCUACCCAGAGAAUUGUUUCAGAAGCUGUUUCGUCAGGAUUUACUUGUGGCAAGUUUGUUUCGUAACUUUCUGCUGGCAGAAAGAAUUAUGCGAUCAUACAACUGUACACCAACCUCUAGUCCAAAGUUACCUCCAACAUACCAGCACCCCAUGUGGCAAGCUUGGGACCUGGCAUUAGAUCUCUGUCUCAGACAAUUACCAGCCUUAUUAGAAGAUGAAAAUGCAACAUUUCAACAUAGUCCAUUCUUCACAGAUCAGCUGACUGCAUUCCAAGUGUGGUUAUCAUAUGGUUCUGAACACAGAAGUCCUCCAGAACAACUCCCUAUUGUUUUACAGGUAUUAUUAAGUCAAGUCCACAGACUAAGAGCAUUAGAAUUACUGGGCAGGUUCCUAGAUCUAGGCUCCUGGGCUGUUAGCUUGGCAUUGUCAGUUGGAAUAUUUCCUUAUGUAUUAAAACUAUUACAGAGCUCUGCCAGAGAACUUAGACCUUUGUUGGUGUUUAUUUGGGCCAAAAUUUUAUCUGUAGACAGUUCUUGCCAGGCAGAUUUAGUCAAAGAUAAUGGACAUAAAUAUUUCCUUUCUGUUUUGUCUGAUCCAUACAUGCCUGCAGAACAUAGAACUAUGGCAGCUUUUGUUUUAGCUAUGAUAGUAAAUGAAUACAGACAGGGACAGGAAGCAGCUCUACAAGGAAAUUUGAUAGCCCUAUCUUUAGAACAACUAUGUGAUCUAAAUUCAUCAUUACGUCAGUGGUUAGCUCUCUGUCUUGGAAAGGUCUGGACACAGUUUGACAAUGCUAGAUGGUGUGGAGUAAGAGAUAUAGCUCAUGAGAAGUUGUAUAAACUACUGGAAGAUGAUGCCCCUGAGGUGCGAGCAGCAGCUGUGUUUGCCUUGGGGACAUUUAUUGCUUGUAAUACAGAAAGAACAGACCAUGCUAACAACAUAGAUCUCAGUGUUGGAAUGACUUUCUCUAAUAUAGCACAAGAUGGAAGUCCUUUAGUUAGAAAGGAACUAGUAGUUGCCUUUUCUGCCUUGGUUGCCCAGUUUGAAAGUCAGUUUACUGCCGUUGCUGCCCAGCAUUUAGAGGACGAGAAGAAGAAAGAGAAAGGAGCACCUGUUGUGGCUGCUGAAACUUCUGGUGGGUGGAAUAUUGUUACUGGGCAGUCUGAACCAUUUACUGGUAUGAAAAAGAGUACAUCACGGAGCAGUUUUAAAGGUCUUGUAAACUCAUCCAGCUCUAGUCAUUUAUUAGGCAUUGUCCAGUCCAGUUCUGUGGCAUCAGUUGAUAGUGGUUCUAGUACUGAUACAAGCACUCUCAGACGGAAUUCUUCAAACAGUAAUCUUGGUUAUGGUUGUAGUACAAUCUAUACCAAUCUAUGGAAAACUUUACUUAGUCUUACAGCAGAUCCAAACCCUCAGGUUCGAGAGGUUGUCAAAUACAUAGUCAACUCUAUUAAAUUAAAGGCUUCCACUAGUGCAAAACCAAAACCAGUUAUCCAGAAUGCCAGAGUCCCACAUUCAGCACCGUCCAGUCCCUCAAAUAGAGCUUCCAAUCUGAAUCAUAUAGGUACACCACCCAAUAAUGGUAUAGAUGAGAAUGUGGGGAUUAAGAAAGAUUUUUCUUCACCAGGCAUGCAAUAUUCUUAUUCUGCUCAGUUUUCACGGAGCCGAAAAUUGUUUGACAAAGGUCCAAAUGGGAUGGAGGAACCUAUUAUACAAGAAGAUUCUAAGAAUCCUCUGCAGUUUUCCAUAUCUUCUACCGAGUUCUUUCAGUGGUGUUGUAAAAGGUUCGCCGAACCUGUAAUGAGGUUGUCAGAAGAGAAGGAUCCCGAGAGUUUAUCUCAUCAUGAUAGAGAUUUUAAGUUUAGACGGAACUGUUUGAUACGAGAUGAAGCCAAAGAUGAGCAGAUUAAAGCAGGUUUUAAUAGACUUGAUGAUCAGGUGUUUGUAAAUAAGAACCAAGGAAUUCCAACUGUGAUCAAGUUUCAUCCGUAUGAGUCCUACAUAGCUGUAGCUGAUAAAGAGAGUAUCAGCUUUUGGGAUUGGGAACAAGGCACAAAGAUGGGUAGUAUACAGAACGAGAAUAUUAAAUCAUCUAAGAUAUCCACGAUGGAAUUUGUCAAUCCACAUGACAGUACACUGCUUUUAUGUGGAUCUGAUGAUGGUGCCGUCAGGAUUUGGAGAAAUUGUCUUUCAGAAAAUUCAGAUACCAAAGAAUUAGUCACUGCCUUCCAAGCCAUUACUGAACCUAUUCCUUUGACUAAAGGAUCAGGGUUGGUGAUUGAUUGGGAACAAGAAUCAGGUAGAUUAUUAGCAUCUGGUGAUGUACGUUAUAUAAGAGUUUGGGAUUCUGUUACAGAACUCAAAUUACAGGAUAUUCCAACAGGAGCUGAUAGUUGUGUGACAAGUUUAGCAUCAGACUCAGAUGGUAGAUCAUUAGUGAUAGCUGGUUGUGGGGAUGGGACAGUCAGACUGUUUGACAGAAGGCUGGCACCAACAGAAUGCCGAGUAAUGACUUUAAGAGAGCAUCCACGAUGGGUUGUAAAAGUGCAUUUACAAAAAGGUGCAGAAGGAAAAAUAGUUAGUGCAAGUAAUGCUGGUGAUGUAAGAUUCUGGGAUCCAAGAUUUACAGAAUCUGUGAGAACACUUAAUCUACAACAAGGACUUACUGCUGUUGAUAUCCACAAACAUGCAGAUGUUUUAGCUUGUGGUUCUUUCAAUCAAAUGAUUGGAGUUUAUAACCAGUCCGGUGAUUCACUUAGUACCAUUAAAUACCAUGAGGGAUUUCUAGGACAGAGAAUAGGCUCAAUCAAUUGUCUAGCUUUCCAUCCUUAUAAGGUCAAGUUAGCAGCUGGAGGAAAUGAUUCAUUUAUCUCAGUGUAUUCCACGGCAGUGAGACGAAGCUGAUAGACAGUUUUGUUAGAGAUUUAUAUAUGUUUUGUUAGAGAUUAAUAUAUGUGAUAGACACAACAGGGGACUGAGGUCACUGCAUCAGAUCCAUAAAUAUUGGACUUAAUUAUGUGACAGACAACCACAGGAGAUGAAGUUCAUUGUAUCUGAUUCACAUUUUGCAUGUGUGUCUGGAUCAGAUCGAGAAUAUUGGACUUAAAUAUCUACAAUGUUGUGUGUUUAUGAUUCAAUUCAUUGAUAAAAAUAGUGAUAUAAUGAAAGCUAGGUUGUCAGCUCUACUGAAAGAUUUUGUUACAUACAUUAAUAAACAUGUAUUACUAAAAAAUGUUAUAUCAAAACAAAAAUUUGCACUACUUAUUGAUAAGAGUAUUUGAUGCAUAGGGAAUAGGGAAUAGGUCAGGAUUUUUUAGAUUAAAACUUUACAGAAGGGUUCAAAAUCUUGUGAACACCUAUGCAAACUUAACUUCAUGAUUUAGGAGAAAUGCAUGGGAAAUGUGAUCUCUUGAAGGAAGAUGAAUCUACAAUACUUAUAUACCUCUGAUUUAAAUACCAAUCAAGAUCAUCAUCAUAUCAUACCACAGCAAUCAAAGUUGUUGCAUAAUAACAGCCAAUCAUCUGCUAUGUAGUGUAAAAAAAUAAUUCUAACACAAUUAAUUUGUAUUUAUGGUUCUGAUUACCACUCUAAAAUUCUCAAUCUACCUGUGUGUAUCUUAGGGAAGAAGAAAUUUUGGAUUAAGGAAUAUAUUGACAUGUGAUUUCUUCAAUAAGUUUUUUACUCACAUUUUUCACUUAGACAGACAUCCUGGCCCAACUUCCUCUUCCCAUCAGUAAAGCCAGGUGUUAUACAAUCCAUGUGACCACUUUUCAUUGCUGAAUAGGACUGAAUUACUUUGCAUGUGCAUGUAAAGUAAAUAAUGAAUAUAUCGAUUGAAUUGUAAAUUAACUGAUGAUUUACAAUUUAGUUCAUUAAGGUUUGGAUUAUAAUUGCUAUAUUUUAAUUGAAAAUUGCAUUUUGCACCAAUUUUUAAAUGUUUUUUUAACAAAUUCAUGCUUAUAUAGAUAUAUCCCACCAUGUGUUAAGAAAUGAUGCUAUCUAAAAUGAUUCAUUUUAACAUCAUCAGAUAAACGAUUACAUAUGGUUAUAUUCCACCUGGGCCUUCUGUCAAGCUUAUGUUUGACCUAAAAGUCUUCUUUUUAAAGCUUAUUACUAUCUGAAGUGUAUGAGAAGCAAAAAAACAGUUGUUUUUUUACGGUUGAUGCCAAAGAGUACUAAUGACGUCCCUUUGUUCAGUUUUAUGAACACAUACACCUAAAUAAUGACUGAAAUGGACUGAUUUGUUUAUUUUGCAUUAGAAUAGAAGUGACUUUAUAGUGUUUGAAGCUUGACCUAUGUAAAACUGGUUUUACUGUUGCAAAUAUCAGAUUACCUAGCUUCAUUAGGCAUCACUAGGAAAACUCAAUUUGAGACAGUUUACUCAUGUUUUAGGUAGGCCAAGUGAAAAAUACAAUAACAUUAUCUAUUAAAUAGUAUGUUGGAAAAAAAGACAUGAAUGUCCUGUUUACUCAUAAAACACAUAUUUACAGUUAUGAUCUUUCAAUUUCUCUUACACUUUCCUAUUACCUUAGUAAUCCAGUAAGGUAACUUUAGGUUUACAAUCCCUGUCUAAUAAAAAAGAAUGGUACAGGAAUAUAAUAUGUCGUAAAUAUAUAACGAUAUAUAUUAUUAGAAAUGAUAAUUGUCUUCAUUUGGAAUUAAUGGAAUGAAAUUAACAAAGUUAACUUGUAUGUGACCUAUAAGAUACAAUACUUAAUGGUCAAAUAAUAUCUUCUGCUUUAGAAAGAUGUUGCUGUCUAUGAUAAAAUUUUCAAAUAUUAUUUCUGUAUAAUUUACUUGCCUUAGAAGUAAUUAAUGUAUAAACUGUUUUGCAUAAUGGUUCCAGUACAUUUGAUGUUUUUUUUUUUUUUUUAAAUUGAUGAAUGCCGUACAUCUCCUUUUAUUUAUCCAUAAUUGCUAACCUCUUUUUCUUGUUAGACUCCUUCUCCUAAUUAACUUUCCUAUUGGGAAUUUAAAUUUUUUCAGGCAUUGUUUUUGUUCCUAUUCAUGUUUUUGAUAAUUUAAAAAAAAAAAUAUAAGUAUGAAAAGUAAAAUAUCAGCUGAUCUGGAAGUAAUAUAGCAUGACUAUUGAAUAUAGGGGACUUUUGUUAUGUAAAACAAGGAUUUGAUGGGAUAUUGUACAGUCAUGCUAAAAUAAAACACUUUAUGUAUUUGUCUAUUGAAAUUCAAAUUUUUGCUCCGAAUGGUAUUUUUUGUUUUACCUGCAUCAAUAAAUAAUGACUGCCACUAUCAUGACUAUAAAGCCAAUAGUGCUGACAGUGGCAUUAAACACCAAAAAUCAAUUAAUCUACAAGAAAGGAAAAUAUUCAUUUGAAAUGUGUGCCUUUCAAUGAAUACUUGGGGCAUGUGAUAAAUAUCUCAUAGAAGGUUGACAGUUACUGUUUAUAUGUAUGAAAGAUAAUUAGUUAAGAUACAGAUAACGUUCAAGCAAGGGAAUUAAGGAAAUACACAGUCUGGUUCUGUAAAUGUCUUGAAAUAUUUUGUGUUGUUGACUUGUCGUCUCAUUGACAUAUACCCCUCAUGACCUUUUUCUCAUUAUUUUGGAAGUGAUGAGUUGUUUAAAGGUUUCAAUCUGUCAGAAACCUACUUUCUGUUUGCUUAUACUUUAAAUUUUCCAAUACGUUAAAUGAAGACAAAUAUUUUCAAGGUACUUUUCUCAGAAUAUACUGUCAGAUAGAAUGACUUGAUAUUUGGUCAGCUGUAUGACAGUAAUCAGUUGUAACAUGUUAGCACAUUUUCUAUCUGUCAAGACACCUUCGUUGUACAUCCUGUUUUCAAAUAUCUGUGAGUGGGGGUAAGAUUAACACAAUUAUGCUUGAAAAUCUUGAUUUAAAAUUCCAACAAAUAAGAACCUUGGUCAAACAAACAAAGCAAUCGUAUGAAUCUAUCCCAUAAUAUCCUUACACAGCAAAGGUACAUGAAGGGCUCAUCAUAAACACUGAUAUGGUCAUUGUGUAAGAAUGAAAUGAAAGUAGGUUCAAUAUUCAGUUAAACCUAGUCAUUGAUAUUAAGAAUAAUCACAUUGUUGCUUAGUUUGCAGUUUUCUAAGUGUGUACUGUUUAUCUUUUGGUCUUUCUUUUUUCCACUGGAAUGGUCAGUUUAUUUUCGACUUAUGAGAUUGAAUGUCCCUUUGGUAUCUUUCGCCUCUCUGUUAAUGCUUUUUUAAACAAGAAAGAUAGGGGUUCAUCUCAUUUAGGAAUAGAUAAACAAGGAUAAAUGUAGGAGACACCAAAGAUUUUGAAUAACUCGCAUAUGGUUUAUAUAAUUUUUUGAUUAACUAACAAUGGGAUUUGAUAAUUUUUCAUAAUCUGCCUUAUUAGUGUGAACAUUUUACCAUUAAAUGCAAAUUAAAAAUUAACCAGCUAGGAAGAAAUCGAUUACGAAUAAGAGAGACUUUUAUUGGUUUUUCUGAUAAACUUACAACAUUAUACUGGUUAAUGUUUAUUGCAUAAGCCUGUAAUGUACAUCUUUACUGCAUUAGAAUCUUUACUUUUGUAAACAGAAAAACUUAGAUUGUUUCACUGUAAUGCAAAUGUAAAUAUAUCGUAGCAGCAAGUGUCAAGAGAAAUUUAAGUUUCAUUACUCUUGAUGUUAUUUUAUUAUUGUGUUAUUUAUUUGAACAUGAGUGCUGUAUCAAUAAAGUGAUGUUUUAUGGUGAAUUGUAUGCAUACAGUAAAUUAAUUCAAUGUUUUAACCAAAUGUUUGCAUUUGUAUAAUGAAAAUAUUAAGUUUGACAUAAAAAUAAUCACGAUACAUAAUUGCAAAGAAA